UUAGGUCAUCCCCGCGGCAACCGAUGGACAAACACGAAUAAAACAGAACCACCCUUGGAUCAGCGUUUCGAGACCACCCUCAGUUGCUUAACCAAUUUCCGCACGCGAUAUCCCUCGACGUCCAAGCGAACGAAACGAAUUUAACCACACGACCAUCACUUAUUGCUGAAAAGCAAGCCGUAAUUUGGUAUUCGAGCCUCUCCGCCGGAUAAGAACCUUUCAAAGGAAGUUCCGCAAAGCGUAAAGUUAGUUCUCCGAAAAUCUAUUAGAAAAUGAAGUACGCGUGCCUCGCUACUCUUGCGUUCGCUUUCCUCGGAUUCUGCGGGACGAUUCCGGUUCAAGGACAGGAAGACUCAGCAGCUGGCAGAGGCUCGUCGACGGCAACGAGACCUGUUAACAUUUUUGUCGUGAACGACGAGACCAACAAAGUGGCGAACAAGAGCAUAAUGGCCGCUCUAAAAACGAUCAAGGAUAAGUACUCGGGUUACUUGGGAAAAGUCUGGAUGGUACAGGUGAACGAGACCAACGUAAACGACACUUUGGACCGCAUCUGCAAUUCUUGGGAGUCCGCGGUCGAAGGGAAAGCCACGACAGUUCCUGAUUUGAUCGUGGACACGACGAUAGCCGGCAUGGGGGCGAAAAUAUCGAAUUCGUUCGCAGCCGCUCUAGGAAUCCCUACGCUAUCCGCGCAAUACGGCCAAAAGGGAGACCUCCUCUACUGGAGAAACUUAAACGCUGAUCAGACGGGAUACUUGAUCCAAGUGAUGCCCCCGGCGGACUUGAUACCGGAAGCGAUCAGGCAGCUGGCGAUUCAGCUGAACAUCACGAACGCGGCGAUUCUCUACGAUCACAAUUUCGUCAUGGAUCACAAAUACAAGAGCUUGCUGUUGAACGUUCCGACGAGACACGUGAUCAACGAGGCCUCGCAACAGGUGACAGAGAUGAAGAAUCAGUUGCAAAGUUUACGACACUUGGAUAUCGUAAACUAUUUCAUCCUGGGGGACGAGAACACCAUCAAUGUAGCUCUCGAGGCAGCGGAAUCUCUCAAUUUUACCGGAAGAAAAUACGGUUGGUUUCUGUUGACAUCGGAGAGCAACGUCUGGCCCAAGUGCGAGUGCAGAAACAUCACCGUCCUUUUCAUGAGGCCUGAACCGAACAACCAAACAAAGUCGACGCCGGCGGUGGAAAGUAUCCUGCCCAAGCCGUUCGUCUCGUCUGCUUUCUAUUACGACCUGGUCCAGUUAGGCGUCAGGGCGAUGAAGUUAGCCUUGGACAAUAACGAAUGGCCGUUGAAACCGAGACACAUCACCUGCGACGACUACAACAACACGAACACUCCCAAGAGGAAACUGGACUUGUUCGGCAAACUGAAAGCUGCCUACCGCGAUAUGACGCCUACGUACGCAGGAAUUCGUUGGGGGAAAAGAAACGGCGAGCAUCAAGCGCGAUUCAACAUGUCCAUUCACUUGGUGACUAUCGCCGAUGGGGUUGCUUCCUCCAUGGUUGAUAGCGGAUUCUGGAACGCGAGCGUCUCAGCGCCCUUACAGGUAACGAACAAAGACAUCAUGAAUGCCACCGCGGUGAAGAGCUACAGAGUGGUCACGGUGAUCCAUCCCCCGUUCGUGAUGUACAACGAAGAAAAAAACGAGUACUACGGUUUCUGCAUCGACCUUUUGAACGAAAUCAAAAACAUCGUAGAGUUCCAAUACGAGAUUCGCGAAACGGACGACAAGCAGUACGGAAAUCUACUCGAAGACGGCACUUGGAGCGGAAUGAUGAAGGAGUUGAUCGAUCAACGAGCGGACAUCGCGCUUAGCUCGCUUUGGGUGACGGCGGAUAGAGAAAAAGUGGUGGAUUUCACCGUACCUUAUUACGAUCUGGUGGGUCUGUCCAUCAUGAUGCUGAAGACGAAAACAUCGACGUCGUUGUUCAAGUUCUUGACCGUUCUGGAGAACGAAGUCUGGUUCUGCAUACUGGCCGCUUACCUGUUCACCAGCGUUCUGUUAUGGAUCUUCGACCGCUGGUCGCCGUAUAGUUAUCAAAACAACCGGGAGAAAUAUAAGGACGACGACGAGAAAAGGGAGUUCAAUUUAAGGGAGUGUUUCUGGUUCUGCAUGACCUCCCUUACGCCACAGGGAGGAGGCGAAGCACCGAAGAACCUCUCCGGAAGACUCGUCGCCGCUACUUGGUGGCUGUUCGGGUUCAUCAUCAUCGCUUCGUACACUGCGAAUCUCGCGGCGUUUUUGACCGUCUCCAGGCUGGAAAUACCGAUCGAGACCUUGGAGGACCUUAGCAAACAGUACAAGAUUCAGUACGCUCCUGUAAUGAAUUCUCCCGCUUACGUUUACUUCGAGAGGAUGGCCGCGAUCGAGCAGACAUUUUUUAAUAUCUGGAAGCAGAUGAGCCUUAACGACAGCAUGACGGAAGUCGAGAGAGUUAAGCUAGCGGUGUGGGACUACCCCGUCAGCGACAAAUACUCGAAAAUGUUCCAAGCAAUGUUGGAAGCCGGCUUUCCGGCCACGACCGAGGAGGCUCUGCGACGAGUUCGCCGUCUCGACUCGAACAACGAGUUCGCCUAUAUAGAGGAUUCGACGACUAUCAAAUAUCUUACCAUGACAAACUGCGAUUUCGUUCAAGUGGGAGAGGAUUUCUCGAGGAAACCGUACGCGAUCGCGGUUCAACAAGGAUCACCGUUGAAGGAUCAGUUUAACAACGCGUGCGUAGAUGCUCUACCUUUUUCGCGGUUCCUUAUCCGACACUUUUAUUCGUUUCUUUUCUUUUUCAGAAUUCUGAUUCUGCUGAACAAAAGGAAAUUGGAGAAACUGAAGCAUAAAUGGUGGAAGAAGAAUCCCGACAGAAAAAAUUGCGACACGGAGAACAGCCAAAGCGACGGCAUAAGUAUCUACAACAUCGGUGGUGUGUUCGUCGUUAUAUUUCUCGGCAUCAUUUUCGCUUGCUUUACGUUGGCCUUCGAAUAUUGGUACUAUCGGCACCGUGCGAAGAACACCAACAUCGCUCGCAACAGCCCAAAGAAAAGUAAAUUUACCAAGGUGAAGCCGCUCAGGUUCAACUUGAAACCGGCUCCCACGCACGGUUUCCAAACUAGUCAGUUCAGAUCGAGGUUCUAAUUCUAAGUUCGCUCGAUUGGCAACGAUUGUUCGCUGCUACUUUUUAAUUACUUAAAAAAAAAAAGAAAAAAAAAGAAAAAAAAAGAGAGAAACGAAUUUAUACGAGAGAACUAAUAACUUCUAACGCAGUCAAACAAGAAGCCCCGAAUCGGAGUACAUGUUUCUUUUUUAAGGAAAAGAAAAAAAUGGAUUGGAUACAACAAGAGUAAAUACCAUAAUAUGCAACAUCAGCGUUUGCAAUGCCUUUAUUUGAUUACUCCCUUUGCGUACAUUGAUUCGCUCAGAGAAUACAUGUUUAGAUUCUUUGUUUUUUUUUUUUCUUUAUUCCAUCUUUCUCAUCGCAUCGCACACUUUUCAUACGAAACAUUUCGUUCGUUAUCGCGAGUAACCCUUUUCGCGUCAUGUUUCCGCGUUACUUCAACCCUUGUUUCUUAUAUAUUUAUACGUUUCUCUUGUUUAAAAGGCAUCCAACUCUCGAAUAACGUUUCUUAUACGGCUUCGCCGUACCUUCGCACCGAGGGUAGGCGUGCAUCCCACCAUACACGUUAUUUCAUUUUUCUUCCUCGUUUACCCACAUGUACGUUCUUAGUUAUCCGAUAUAUUUCCUCCGAGGGAG